AUGUCGUUGAUGCCUGACUCAAGGCAGAGAGCCCCCUUCUCCCAUCAAUCAUCAUCUGCCGACCUUACUUCAGCUCAAAACCUGGCUUCUUUGAGAUCUCCCCCAUCUCAAUCACAUCCGCAAGCACCAUGGAUUCCAACAGGAGCUGCACCAGAGCCUCAACCUGCUCAACCUUAUCGAUCCGAAAAAUCCCCAAUAUGGGGUGCACCUAUGGUGAGGAAAGAUAGCAACGAUUUCUCUUCAAGUGGAUAUACAGACAACUCUUACGGCUUAUCAGUUCCCAAUACGACAUAUUCGACAGAUACGACGAUACAUCCUCGUAGAAAUAGUGUAUCUGCUACAUCGAGUAGAGCUUCUUCACCCGGUCCCUUCUCAUUACCCCAAUUCACGAUACCGGGAUAUCCAACAAUUCGAUUUGUCUCUCUUUGUUUCCUCUGGUACACCUGUUCAGCAGUAUCAAAUAACACUGGCAAAAUAAUCCUAAACAAUUUCAGAUACCCAGUAACACUCACCAUCGUUCAGUUCUUCUUCGUAGCUGGAUGUUGCAUAAUAUGCAGUAGAAAAGAGUUGAAUUGGACCCCUAGAUUACGAAGUCCGACUAGGUCAAUCUUGAAGGGAAUCUUACCAAUGGCUGCGUUUCAAGUUGGGGGGCAUAUUUUUGGAAGUUUAGCAAUAAGUCGAGUACCUGUUAGCACAGUGCAUACCAUAAAGGCUCUGUCUCCAUUGUUCACUGUGAUGGCGUAUGCCUUGCUCUUUGGCGUAUCUUACUCCCCGGCUACCUAUCUGUCUUUACUUCCCUUGACACUGGGAGUCAUGCUCGCUUCUUCUGCCGAUAUCUCCUUCAGCAACUUUUUCGGUCUAGUCUGCGCUCUCGGCUCCACCAUCAUCUUUGUUACUCAAAACCUAUUUUUCAAGAAGAUGAUGCCUACACCUGGAGCCACUGAAACCGGCGGAGCGACUCCCAAGCUAGACAAAAUCAACUUGCUCUAUUUCUCCAGUGGAAUGGCUUUCUUAUUGAUGAUCCCCGUUUGGCUCUAUACGGAUGCGUGGAGGUUGAUCGAUUUAUGGUCACAUCCAGUGAUCAAAGCAGGUGGACCAUCAAUACCGUUCUAUUUCUUCCUUAAUGGAACUGUCCAUUUCGCUCAGAAUUUGAUUGCUUUUUCACUACUAUCCUCGACUUCACCCGUUACCUAUUCCAUUGCAUCUUUGGUGAAACGGAUUGCCGUGAUUUGCUUAGCUAUCAUAUGGUUCAAACAAUCUGUAUUCUUCGUUCAGGCUGUAGGAAUCGCACUUACAGCAGUAGGUUUAUGGAUGUACAACAACGCAAAGAGAGAUGUCGAGAAAGGUGAAAAGAAAAUGAGACAAGUGGAAGCUGUCAGAGAUGGAAUGUUACCGACCACGAAAGCAGACCAGAGAAUUUUAGAAGGUAGAGGUACUAUAGAUCCUCUAGCAUACGGCAAAGCGUCACUCAAGCCAACAUACCCAACAAAUUACGGUCAAAUCCCAAUAUCAACUUCGACAUCAUUCAAGAAGAAUGGAUUUGUUCCACCUCCUCCCUCAAACAUUCCCAUAGCCAUGGUAAAUGCGGAAGCAUCAUAUCCGUCACCUCCCGCUUCGACAGCAUCUUCACCCCCUACGGAACCCACCUUGAAAGUAUCUCUUCCUCGUCAAAGAAGAUUAUCAAUAGAGACUAAAGAUAAUUUCCGUCUUCCACCUUCUGCAGCUCCGAGGGAUGCCGCAAUCAACGAAGAGGUUUCUGGGAUCUCGAUGGACUCGUCAAAAGUAAGUAUAAUAGCUUAA